AUGGAUAUAGUUCAAAAAAAAGAAUUGUAUGUAGAUGGCUGGGACUGUUCAAGAGAGCAAAAAUCCAUUCAAGCUCAGUACAUGUUGUGUUUCAACAUGAGACGACACACGGGAGAAAAACCACACAAAUGCACUAGUAGUAUGCUUUUGAAGGUUGCGCGAAGGGCCUACUCCAGACUUGAAAACUUGAAGACCCACUUGAGAUCCCACACUGGAGAAAAACCAUAUGUCUGUGAGCACGAAGGCUGCAACAAGGCUUUUUCUAAUGCCUCCGACAGAGCCAAGUACCAAAAUCGAACUCAUUCAAAUGAGAAACCAUAUGUGUGCAAGAUCCCUGGCUGUACAAAACGCUACACAGAUCCUAGCUCACUGCGAAAACCUGUAAAGACAGUUCAUGGUCCAGAGGCCCACGUCACCAAGAAGCAGCGAGACAUUCCCCCAAGACCUCCACCUCCAAGGGAACCAGGGAGCAUUCACAGUCGCCGGUCGCCAGGCCCAUCAAAUUCAGGGGGAUCACACGGAGACCACAGGGCCACCUCAGGUAACACUACCUCAAAGCAUGAAGAAUGCCUUCAAGUAAAAUCUGUUAAGACUGAAAAACCAAUGACAUCUCAGCCAAGCCCUGGUGGUAAGUCUUCAUGCAGCAGCGAGCAGUCCCCCAUCAGCAACUAUACCAACAGUGGCAUCGAGCUUACUCUAAACAGCCGAGGCAGUGUAGGAGUCAGUGCCCUGGAUGAAACCCCUAUCAUGGACGCUACCAUCUCGACAGCAACCACAGGACUUGGUUUACACGGCAGGAGAAUCAUGACAGGAACCAAAUGGAUGGAGCAAGUCAAAGUAGAGAGGAUUAAACAGGUUAAUGGAAUGCUUCCAAGACUGAACCCAGCCCCUUCAAAAGCACCAACUCUCCCACCAAUCACUGGAAAUGGUUUGCAAAUGAGCAGCAACAACAAUUUGGGAGGAUCAAUGACUAUUCUUCCGAACCGAAAUGAGCUUUCUAGCAUGGACAUCACAGUGCUAAACAUGUUAAACAACAGAAGGGACAGCAAUACUAGCACAAUAAGUUCAGCGUAUUUAAGCAGCCGUAGGUCUUCUGGAAUUUCACCUUGUUUAUCCAGUAGAAGAUCAAGUGAAGCUUCCCAACCUGAGACAAGAGUUCAGAACAUAAGUGUUGCAGACUCGUACGAUCCUAUCUCUACUGAUGCGUCAAGACGGUCAAGUGAAGCAAGUCAGUGUGAUGGGUUACCAAGUCUCUUGAGUCUUACUCCAGCUCAGCAGUACAGGUUGAAAGCUAAAUAUGCUGCUGCUACAGGAGGGCCCCCACCAACUCCACUUCCAAAUAUGGAAAGAAUGAGCCUGAAAACAAGAAUGGCACUGAUGGGUGAUUCAAGAGAUAGUCGGUUAUCUCCACUCCCUUCAGUUAAUGUUCCUAGAAGAUGUAGUGAUGGUGGAGUAGGAACUUAUGGAAGAAGACAUUUAUUGCCAAAUGAGUUGCAAGGAAAUGGGAUGCGAAGAGCUAGCGACCCUGUAAAAAUGGUUUCAGAAAACUUUUCUAAUGCUAGAGUCCAGCGUUUCAACAGUCUUAACAGCAUCUUCCCUGCUGAUGUGGUACCUAUGGAAAGGCGAAACUUAAGUCUCCAAAAUUAUACCAGAAAUGGGUUUUCCCCAUGUCCUCCAAGUAUAAGUGAAAACGUAGCCCUGGAGGCUCUUAUUAUGGAAGCUGAAGGAAAUCUAGAUGACGUGGAUCUUCUGCCAGAUGACAUGGUUCAAUAUCUUAAUGCUCAGAACCAAAAUGCUUAUGACAACUCACAGAACAGUGACGCAGAUAAGCUGCAGCACAGUGCAGCAGUAAGUAAUGGUAAUAACUUUGAACAGCCUAAUUUAAUUAAUAACUCAAUAAAUCAGUCAUUCCACAAUUUGGAGCAAGUAGAUCAAGCAGAAAAUAAAAAUGACCUACCAAUUCAAUGGAAUGAAGUUAGUUCUGGCAGUGCAGACCAUUCCCCUUCUCGAUCCAGGUAUGGACAGCGUUUUGCCAUGCAGCCAAAUCAACCUUUUGGAUUGUACAAUAACAUGAUGGUUCAUCCACAGAAAACUGUGCUUCCACAACAAAAACACCAUCAUGUGCAAUACAACCCUCAAGUCAUACAACACAACCUUAACCUUUAUAAUAAUAAUAAUACAGUGAACAGUCAUCCAAGCAAAGGACAGCAAUAUAUUAACAACUCAAUCAAACCUUCUUUGGGUUCUUCUGUCAUAGGAAAUUCCUGCAAUCCAGCAUCCCGAGGGCAAAAGUUAACAAACAGCAACUUGCAAAUGAAUACCAGUCAACAGAAUUUUAUACCGUCCAUGCAUUAUAGUGAGCAAUUGUCAGAUAUAGUUGAAGCAAUUCAGAAUCAAUACCUUAUUAACCAGGAAUAUAUGCAACAGAUGGCAACUGAGCACAUGAUCAAUGGCAUGCAUUUGUUAGGAGUAAAUAGAUCUAACCAGGCAGUCUUGGAACAAAGUGGCUCCACCUCCGAAACUUCACAGAGUUUCCCAUCAGUGCCUCAACACAUUGGGAAUCCUCAGUCAACUGCCACACGGAAUUAUCAGUCAUGUGGCAACAUCGGUGGAAAUAAUAGGUCAGAUGUGCAAAGGAACAACGUGUCAUAUCCUCAGCAACAAAUAAAUGAUACAAGCCAGCAAAUUUACAGAGUGAAUGGUAUUAAGGUAGAAAGUCAACCACAACAUAACUGUGCAGGCACCCAAAACUUUUCUGGUCAGUUCUAUGACCAUACAAUGGGAUAUAUACAACAAAACGGAAAAUCUGUUUCUCUCUCUGCUACAGAAGCCAACUGUCUUCUACAGGAAACUAAUAAAACUGAUUCCUCAGAGCUUCUGUCACCUGGAGCUAACCAGGUAACAAGCACAGUUGAUAGCAUUGACAGCAGCAGUUUAGAUGGCGUACAGAUUGAUUUUGAUGCAAUUAUAGAUGAUGGUGACCAUGCUAGCUUAAUUUCUGGAGUUCUGAGUCCAAGCAUCAUCCAGAAUCUCUCACGUAAUUCUUCGCGUCUUACCACUCCACGAGCGUCUCUUACAUUCCCAGCUAUGCCAGUCAGCACAAAUAACAUGGCGAUUGGGGACAUGAGUUCUUUGCUGACUUCCCUUGCUGAAGAAAGCAAGUUCCUUGCUGUUAUGCAAUAGAGUGGAAGAGGAAAAAUGUGUAAAUGAACA